CGCAGGCGAUCCAAAAUUUAAUUUAAAAGAACACAUGGUAGGUAGGAAAAGGUUCAGACCUUUGUACAAAAUUUUUAUACAGUGGAACCUCUAGGUUUUCCGAGUAGCAACCAACAAAAAUGCUCAAUUGUUUGAUGACACGGAAGAAUUUGGAAGACCACCACCCACACUAUCAGGAGACAUGAUGAUGGAUGAGUUGAAAAUUUUAAAAUUUACAUUUGGGAAAACAAUUAAUGAUAAUUCAACACUACCAUUUAAUUGGAAAAAAUUGAGUAUUUUUUUUUAUUUACCGUAUUGGAAGGAUAAUGUUAUACGUCACAAUCUUGACCUUAUGCAUAUUGAAAAGAAUGUGUGCGAAAAUAUUUGUGGGACAUUGCUGAAUAUGGAAGGAAAAACAAAAGAUAAUCUUAAAUCACGACUUGAUUUGCAAGAAAUGGGGAUAAGAACAGCACUUCAUCCUAUUGAGAAAGGACCAAAGAAAGUUUAUUUACCUCCAGCAUCUUUUUCAAUGGGGAAAAAAGAGAAGAACAUGUUUUGCAAGGUUUUAAAGCAAAUUAAAGUUCCAGAUGGCUAUGUAUCUAACAUAUCACGAUGUGUUCAAAUGAAACCACCAAAAAUAAUUGGUCUAAAAAGUCAUGACAAUCAUAUUUUGAUGUAGCAAUUGUUGCCAGUAGCAUUACGUAGAACCUUGUCUAAGUCAGUUCGAGUUCCGUUGAUUAGAUUAAGCAGAUAUUUUCGAGAGUUAUGUAGUAAAGUAAUCUCUCCUACGGAUAUGACUCGUCUGAGAAGAGAUAUUGCAGUGAUCCUUUGUGAGUUGGAAAAGAUUUUUCCUCCCUCAUUUUUUGACAUAAUAGUUCAUCUAACUAUUCAUUUGGCUACUGAAGUACAACUUGCUGGGCCAGUUCACUAUCGUUGGAUGUAUCCAAUUGAAAGGUACCUAAGGACAUUGAAGUCCUAUGUUCGAAAUAGAAAUAGGCCAGAAGGAUCUAUUGCUGAGGGCUAUUUGGCUGAGGAAUGUUUGACAUUCUGCUCUUUAUAUUUAGCGGAUUAUGUAGAGACAAGAUUUAAUCAAUCAUCAAGAAAUGAUAAUGCAAAUAUUGACUCAACAUUUGCAUUAGAUGUGUUUAACACAUCUGGCUAUGCACUUGGAAAGGCCAUUGCUACUAAGUUUGAUAUUGAGAUAUUAAAGAAUGCACAUCAAUAUGUGUUAUUCAAUUGUCAUCGCUUACAAUCUUAUAUAGAUGAACAUCGUGGAAUUGUGCAACUUAGUCAUCCUCGUCUUCCAUUACACCAAAUUGAACGUAUACAUAGUGAAACUUUUGCCUCAUGGUUUGCUAAUCAUAUUGAAGAUACAAAUCUUCCAGAAGAUGAUCCUAUUUCAAAUGAUUUGAGAUCACUUGCUAGAGGCCCAAAUAUCAUUGGGAUACAAUAUCAUAAAUUCGUUUCAAAUGGAUUUAGGUUUCAUACAAAAGAAGUGGAACGUAAGAGGAAAACUCAAAAUUGUGGUGUGACUGUUAGGGCAACUACUUCAAGUUAUUCAAGUAUAAAAGAUCACAAUCCAGUAUUAAGCGAACUUGAUUAUUAUGGGAUUUUGCAAAAUGUGAUUGAGUUGGAUUAUGGGGGAGGCCGAAAAGUUGCUUUAUUUGAAUGCGAGUGGGUCUCCAAAGGCAAACGACUAAAAUUGGAUGAAGAUGGUUUUAUGUUGGCCAAUUUUAAAGAUGUUAGGCGUCAUAAUGAGCCUUAUAUUUUAGCAUCUCAGGCUAUGCAAGUAUUUUAUGUGGAAGAUCCAAAUGAUUGUGAUUGGCAUGUCAUUAUCACGACUGAUGCACGAGCGAAGUAUAAUAUGCAGCCUAUGGCAGAUGUUGAUACAUAUCUUCAAAGUUGUAUUUGUAAUUCAGAAGAUUGCAAUGAACAUGAAGAAGUAGUCUGGGUUCGUGAUGAUAUUGCAGGAGUGGAAAUUGAUACUGAUUUAUGAAGAGAUUUUAUCUAGUCUAUGCAUUAUGUUUAGUCAAUUAUCAUUGUAAAAACAGUAGAAUAGAUUCUUACUAUAUAUGUUUGGAGGAUAUAUGGUGAUAUGUAUUUUCUCUUCAUUUUUAACUAUUGAGUUUUUAUCAUUUAUAAUCUCUUACUAACUUUUAU